AGACCCCCGCCUAAAGCUCCCUGUGACCGAGCUGUGGACAAAAAUAGCCCUAGCUUCCACACAGCCAGUGCCCUCUGUGUGCUCCAGUCUCUGUACAGCCUUCACCUACUUCCAUUUCCACAUUAACCAUGGUCAUCAAAGUUUUUCUGGCAUCUUCUUCGGGGUCCACAGCGAUAAAAAAGAAGCAGCAGGAUGUGCUCGGAUUCCUGGAAGCACUGAAGAUCGAGUAUGCGCAGCUGGACAUCGCCUCAAAUGAAGAGAACCGUAUGUGGAUGAGGGAGAACGUACCUGGAGACAUGAAGCCCUCCAACGGAAUCCCGCUCCCUCCUCAGAUCUUCAACGAGGAGAACUACUGUGGGGAUUAUGAAACGUUCUUCAACGCUAAGGAGGAAAACUCCGUGUAUGAGUUCCUCGGCCUGACCCCCCCACCUGGGUUCAAGGAAGCAAAGCAGUGCGGUCUGUGGCAGACGGUUGAGGAUGGAGCUGAGGAGCGGCGUGAUGAUGACACCUCAAGAGAGGCGAUACCGAUGGAGGAACAGAAUGGAAACGCACACACAGAGGAGGAGAAGACGUCUGGAGAAGAAGCUGUAGAAGAAGAGACGAAGGAGGGAGAGGAACAAGAGGAGCCGUCAGAAGAAGAAAGUAAAGCACCACCUACGGAGGAGGAAGUCCAGGAUGGUGAAGAAGAAGGCGAUUACGACAGGGGUGAAGAGGACUUGGUGUCUGAGGAAGAGGAGGAGCUUCGACAGCUUGAGGAACAAGAAGAGCCAGUCAGUGAGGUAGAUCUCAAUGGCUUUGGUCUCUGGUGCAGACCCGAUAUCACACUUACUAUAAAGAGAUAAAAAUGUGUUUAUCACAUAAUCGUAUUGCUUAAAAUCAUUUACUCUCGGGCGAUUUUCAGUGCCUUUCCACUGCGGCAUUAGCUCAGUUUGCUAAACGACACUCUGUAGCAGUGAGUCUGUGUAACUGUAUCAGCAGAACCUGCGCAGGAAUCAAUGCAAUCUGAUCAACUUCCUUUCUAGAUCUGAAACCAAGGGGGGUUCAUUGUUGUGGCAGUAGCCCGACCCAAAAUGCACCACCUUCGUCCCCUCUCUCAUAGCCGUUGGUGCCCAUGUGUCAGGUGACUGCUACAACUGUGUAUCUUUAUGGGCCACAAUAAUGUUUUGGAAUCUUUAUAUUUAAGAACCCCUGAACCUGAACCUGAACCUUAAACCCUCUGAAGUCUAUUCUGCCUACAGACAAAUAAAAUGUUCCAUUUAGGAAAACAGCACCAUGACUGACAGGGCCUGUUUUCUUUCUCUGUGCUAUGACGGAGAGAAUAAUAUUAAAAUUAAAAGGGCUUCUUAGGGUUUGGUUAUUACUUCGCUGCUGAAAUCUGAGCAGGAGGUUACACAUAGCAGAAUGCUACUAUAGAGUUUACUGCCUCUACACAGACGAGUUGUUUUCAAGGUGAAAGACACAAGCUGAAAAAGGCUAGGCUAGUAAGUUUAGCUGAGGUACCUUACCUUUAGCAUUUUACCUAAAAGACUGGCUGCCAGAGUCGUGAGAAUGGCCAUCUUGGUCAAAUUGGUUAUAGCUAGAUGGACAUCUUGGUCAAGAUGGUUAGAGUUGGAUGACCAUCUUGGUCAAGAUGGUUAGAGCUGGAUGACCAUCUUGGUCAAGAUGGUUAGAGUUGGAUGACCAUCUUGGUCAAAUUGAUUAGAGCUGGAUGACCAUCUUGGUCAAGAUGGUUAGAGCUAGAUGGACAUCUUGGUCAAGAUGGUUAGAGUUGGAUGACCAUCUUAGUCAAGCUGCUUAGAGCUAGAUGGACAUCUUGGUCAAGAUGGCUAGAGCUGGAUUACCAUCUUGAUCAAACUGCUUAGAGCUGCAUUACCAUCUUGGUCAAAUUAGUUAGAGCUGGAUGACCAUCUUGGUCAAGAUGGUUAGAGCUAAAUGGACAUCUUGGUCAAGAUGGUUAGAGUUGAAUGACCAUCUUAGUCAAGCUGCUUAGAGCUAGAUGGACAUCUUGGUCAAGAUGGCUAGAGCUGGAUUACCAUCUUGGUCAAGUUGGUUAGAUCUGGAUGACCAUCUUGGUCAAGCUGGUUAUAACAGGAUGACCAUGUUGGUCAUCUUAGUCAGGUCAUGUUGAACCAGCUGUUAAGAGCUGGUGGACCAGACCGGCUCAGAUGGCUAGAGCUGUUUCCGACUCCGAAUCAGGAUCAGAAUCAGAGAAUCCUUUACUGAUCCCAGAGGGAAAUUGCAGUGAGGUGCAGUCAGAGUGGGCCUGUCAAAAACAGAUGGAAAUACGGGCAGCUUUUCUUCUCAGCUCACAGUCUUUCUCUUCUCUCUCUGCUCACUCCAUCCUCCCUCCAUCACUCCUCUCUCUCUCCAUUCUUUUUACCCCACCUCCCAUUCCAUCCACUCACAUCACAGGAAGAGCCUCAAGAAGAGCCAGUCAAUGAGGUAGAUCUCCAGGGCUUUGGUCUCUGGUGUUCCCACAUAUACAUGAUCCCACAUUAUGAUCUUCUUCUUUCUGUCUUUUCUGCUCGAGCGUUACUGCCGUGCAGCGAGGCGUCUCUGUUCAGAUGAUGUAGUUUAGCGUGUGUGAGCUGUGUGGUCUAAAACAUGGGGCAUGUUCUGCUCUUCUCGUGUUUUAAUGUGCGGCG